AUGCGCCAAUCUCUCCGCCGGUCCUGUGCGGCAUGUGCCAGAUCAAAGUCCAGCUGCGAUCUCCGCACACCGCGCUGUUCCCGCUGCAUCAAGCGUCAAGUCGAGUGCGCAUAUGCGAACGAACCUUUGACGGGUCCGGCAACUUCCGGGUGGCAGGAAGCAUCAACAAGCCUGCUAGAUGGGUCCGGCACUUUAACUAACUACAGAUUCGGGUCGCUUGAUCCUUUUGAUUCGUAUCCGCAGACUAGACUUCCUCGAGAACACGUUCAACGGUUGAUCUACAACUUCCUCCACAAAAUCGCCUUCCAAUACUACCCUCUUGACCUUAAUGCGACUUCCAAUCCAUUUCUUAUCUCUUGGUGGCCACUUGCCCUAGGGGAUCCCGCACUAUUCCACGUCUCUCUACAGACAGCAUGUCUCGAUGAAGAGUUGUUGGCCCAGAAAGGCUUUCAGACCUCCGAACUUCUCAUGGCAGACUCAGUGGCCUUGCUGCGACGCAAGGUUAAAUAUAUGUCGUUAGCUGUUCAAGAUGGUACUAUGAACUCAGUCAUAACCUUGGCAACCAUCGAGUUCGGCAAGGGAAAUACAAAAGUCGGCGAAAUGCAUGUCAAUGGAUUGAAAAAGCUGGUCGAUAUGAGAGGUGGCAUCAACGCAGUGAGGCAGACAAGCCCGCUUACCGCGAGAAUGAUCAGCUGGGUAUCGAUGCUCAUUAUGGGUCAUCCUCAAUUCGAGACCCAAGAUGAUUUCGGCAUUGGAGACGGCAUCCCUCCAAUCCCGGAAUGGCAGUUCAACUCGACAGUGAUUGACGAUCAACUAUUUGAUCUUAGCACCAUAGAAGUGGACUGUGUCGUUAAGAAUGUCUUCAAUCGUCUGCGCAACAUCUUCCACCGAGUGCGCAACAUACCUUUCCCAGCCACACAACUUCACGACCUUACUUGUUUUGUCAUCCACCGACUCCUACUAUCUGCUCCAGCUACGAUAAUACCCGCGCCAUCGCCGAUGACGGAGUCCAUUCGCUACGGAAUCAUACUUUACAUGUUCACCGCCCAGGGGCCAACAUAUUACUCGCAUGCUGUCAUACUAAAUACGAUUCUCAUUCGAUUCCUGGAGAACCUCGAGCAUCUUGCGUCCACGCCUCGUGUGUAUCAUUCAUUUGAUGUGUGGUUUGCUGCGGUCGGGAUGGUGGCUUCAGCUGGCACAGCUCAUCACCAACAAUUCAUGGAGAGGGCACGAGGUAUAGCUGCCGCUCUACAACUGGCAAACUUUGGUGACACCCUCAUCCACAUUAAAACUGUCUUGUGGUUGGAGAAACCGCAGAGUGAAGAUCUCUUUCGAUCCCAUUGGAACACUAUCCUCAAUCCCACAGAUCAAUCGGUAGUAUCAGACCUCUCGAUGUCGGUCUCUCCAUACAGCAGUAGCGUGGAAUUUAUAUGA